AUGGAUGUGCUUGGAUGCAGCAACGUAUGCAAUCCCCAGUGUAAAGUACGACGGUGUUUUCUUUGUAAAGGAGACGUAGAAUUCUACUGUUCCACAUGUAAACAUGACUUGUGUCUACAAUGUAAAGAGGGCCAUGUUAUUGAUCUAGAUACCAUAUACCACGAUGUUGUGAUUUACCGCGAGAAAUAUGAAAACUUUACAAAACAAGAAACAUGUGUUAGACAUCCAAACAGAAACUAUGAAAAAUAUUGCCAGUCCUGUGAAAUUCCUGUCUGUGUCCAAUGCACAGAACACAGAAAUAACAAAAUGCUUUGCUUCAAUUUACAAUUCAAAAAACAUAGAAAGCACAAUACUCAGGAUAUUAAAACAGCAUAUAAAUUAUGCCGAAAAAAAUUUGGAAAAAUCUUUCAACACAUCAGAAGUGAGACUCUUUAUAACAGCAGGUUUAUCCUGGCCGGAAUCAAAACUGACGUGGAAUCUUGUCGCUCAAAAAUCUCCAACUGUCAAUCACAACUGAAUACAGAAGGUCAAAGAUUAAAAAACCUCAUUGACACUGUGGUUUGUGAGUAUAGAUUGAAACAUUAUGGUUUCCUCGGAAGCUUUAAACAACAACAAAUAAUAAUGAAUAGACAUAUUAGCAGAAUAGAGGAUUAUGAAGACAAACAUGAGCAGUUAGUGCACACCUCCGUUACAUUUAAUAUUUUAUUUCUAAAGAAACUGUGUGCCUUUAAGAUAAAGGGAACUCCCAAUCUUUCUCAACACUCCCCGCUCUUUCUUGCUGAACAACUUAACAUUCGGAAUGUAAUCAAGUUACCGGGUAAAAUUCAUAUCAUAGAGACAGGGAAAAGACAAUUAAGAUUUGAAAUGACUACACCCAUGUUGCGCAAGUCUAUCACAGUGGAAGGUGUUAGUAAUGUAGAUCACAUUUCCUGCGUAGCAUCAGAUCGAGUCUGGAUUAGUGAUUGGUAUAACAAUCUCAUUUUGACAAGCACAGAAGGUGAAAAACUACAUCAUCUGACGAAUGUGCUAGGUUCUUAUACAGGGAUACACACAGUAAACAGAUCUGGGGAACUCAUUUAUACAGACAAGGAGUUUAACAUCAAUACAUUCACAAAAGAUAUGAAAACUAUGGUUACAUUAAUAAAGAAAACAGAACCAUGGAAAUCGCAGUGUGUAUACUGCUCCCCCAUUAAUGGAGAUCUGCUGGUUGGAAUGUAUAAUUCUGGUACGGAAAAAUGCAAAGUAAACCGUUACAACAACGCAGGACAACACAUACAGACAAUACAAUACAACAUGGAAGGUCAGGAACUCUACAGAUACCCUGUGUUCAUCACAGAAAACCGCAAUGGAGAUAUAGUUGUGUCAGACUCUUUCCAUGCAGUAGUGGUGACAGAUUGUAUGGGAAGACAUCGCUUCUCCAUAAAGGAAUCUUCAUUCAACUCAGGAUUUAUGCCGAGUGGAAUCUGUACCGACGCGCUGUCUCAUAUCCUGGUUUGUGAUUAUAAAUCCUAUUCAGUAUUAAUGAUUAACGAGGACGGCAUUAUUCUACCCCCGAUUCUUACGGUGUUUCAGUUAAAUGAUAGACCACAGUGUUUAAGUUAUGAUCACAAAAGUCACCUUCUUUGGGUUGGAUUAUUACACCAUAAAGUGUGUGCAUACAGAUACUUCGAAAGGCAAAACUAUCUGUAA